AUUUCAAAAAAAAAAAAAAUAUUUUUUAAUUUUAAUUCUUAAAUUAUUUAAAAAUUAAGUAGUUAUUGUUAAGUAUAAAUAUAUUAAUAAAAAUCAACCUCCUUCAUUACAAAAUUUUUCUUUAAUUCAAUUAAAUCUUAAUAUGAUAUGAAUGACAAAGAGCUUAUAGCCUCGGGUUCGAAAAUUACUAAAUUAACAGAUAUUUAUUCACAUAAAAAAUCAGAACUUAUCGACCUAUGCAAAUCUAAGCAAUUAAAAAGCGUAGGAACCUUAGAUAAUCUAAGGGCUAGAUUUUUAGAAUAUUAUAAAGGGAUCACAGAAUUAGACGACAUUGAAGAAACCUUAAGCGAAUAAAAACACGAAGUUCAAGAAAAUUCAAUAAAAGAUAAAAUCGACAUUAAAGAUUUACUCAUACAAAGUAACUUAAGUGAUUCAAGUCCGGAAACAAGUAAUAGUACUAAAAAUAAAUCAAUUACUAACGACAUUAAAAAUAUAACUAACGAUUUAGAAAUUAACGCUAAUAAAUUAAUAAUUCAGGCAGACAAUAGUAUAGUAAUACUUUAUAUCAAAAUAAUUUAGAGCAAACCUCUGACAAUAAUUAUAAUAAUUUAAUAAACUUAAAUCCUAACGAACCAACAAAAAAUGAACACAUAUACGAAGAUAUCGAAAGUCCAAUUAAAACUGAAUCGAACUUAAAUACCACCUUCUUUAGCAACUCACAACUUGUAAUAGAAAACACACCUGAAAAACUAAAUAAUUCAAAAAAUAAAAAUCCAAAACACAAAAUGAAAAAAAUGAUAAUUAAACCAGAGUAGUAUGAAAAAGGGGAUUCUAGAGCCUCAUCCUCAUCCCUCAUCCUCAUCACCUCAUCCCUCAUCCUCAUCACCUCAUCCCUCAUCCUCAUCCUCAUCACCUCAUCCUCCUUGCCGCCGAUUCGUGACGUAUAUUAUAUCCCUGCGCGCACCCAGCUCAGCCACAUACGUAUACGAUAUACUCCGCCACCCCGCUCUUCCCCCUUCUGCUGAUCAUCUAUUACCAGGGCCUUGCACCCGAAUCAUUUAUUCGGGUUUCGGGUUUCGGGUGCUGGAUGUAUUUGGGUGUUCAAACACCCAAAUAAAAAAUUUAAGCAAACAUUAGGGUUUUCAAAACCGUUAUUAUUCGGGUUAAUAUUGGUUAAUAUGGGUGCUGAGAAAUCUGGAUAAAACAGAACUUUUGAUGACCCCCCCCCCCCCAAAAAAAAAAAAAACAGAAAGUGUUCAUGUUUGUGUUAUUUAUAAUAAAAUAUAAAUGUUUUACCCAAAUUCGCAACGUUUGUUUUUAACUAAACUAGGUUAAUUAAUGUACAGUAGUUACCUUUUUCUAUGAACUAUAAGAAAUAAGACAAUGGGAAAGUAAUUAUUUACCUAUACCUAUUCGUUUUAUUAUAGGUAUAAGAGUCCACGUAACUCAUUUUUUUUUUACUAUAUAACAUGUCUAAAUCUAAAUAGGUACUGGAAUUAAAUAACAUACUAGCAUAUUUAAAAAAAAAUUGUAGGUACUUAUUAAAAAUAUUCAGAAAAAUUUUAUUUGAUAAGCAAACAAAAAACAAAAUGUUUACAAGGCUUUCUGUGGUCAAAAAAUAGCUAACUUGCUAGAGCCUAAUCCCAUUUAAAAGUAAAUACAAAAACAUAAUGAAUAGGUAUAUUUUGCAAAAUCAACAGUUACAACAGAUUGAUAUUUUAAUUUUGCAUAAUGUUACGUACCUAUUAUAUAACAGAAUAGGUGUUGAUUAUUUUGUGAUGACUUAAAAAUUAAAAAAAUUAAUCUUUAUAAAUAUUAUGAAUAAUAUUAUUAUACUAUAACUAAAAGGUAAUAUAAAAAAUAUAUAGGUAUUCACAAAUUGUACGGUGAAAUAAUAAUAAAAUUGAAAAUUGAGUAGGUACGUAUAGUGAGAGGCGCGUCGUAGACUCGUAGACCGAAUGUAAUACAAAUUAAAAAUGUACAAUUUCCCACAUGCCAAGUCGAUGGAUAUAAUAAAUAAUAAAAUAUUAAAAUGUUUAAAAUAGAUGGCCAUAGGCGGGGCGCUGACUGUUGAGCCAUAGACAAAUAAAAUAAAAUAUAAAUUAUGAUUUCGUGAUUACCGAAAAACUGGUAAAUAAUAAAUAUAGCCGCGUAUUACGAUAUUCGAGUUACUAAAUUAGAUAUCAUAGGACAUAGGUAAUUCCGCUUUGGAAGUUCGUCGCAAAUAAUGAAAUAACACAAGUUAUUAUUAUAGUUAUUAGUGUUUGGUAUUUUGGUCACGGCUGUCAAUACUUUCAGUUUUGUUGAGACCACGUCUAUUUUAUAUUGCUAUUGGCUAUAUUUGGAUUUAUUUUACUAAUAUAGUAAUAAAGUAAUAAAUUAUAUCAUAUAAUGGGUAUGAGAAAUAAUUAAAUACUUAAUAUUUUAAUCAGAAUCAAUUAAAUUAUUAAACAUUUUAAUGGAUUUUAUUUUCAAGAAAUUACCUAUGAUUGUUUGUUAGAUUGUUCCUGUUAUUAUUAUUAUUGAUUAUUUAACUCUACAAAAUCGAACUCACCACAAGAAAUACAUACGAAAUGAUAUGUCGCAUGAAGAAUGAGAAAAAAAAUUAUUCGGGAUUUCGGGUUAACCCGAAUAUUUAUUCGGGUUUUGUUUAACACGGGUGUUUUGAAAACAGAAUCAUUCGGGUUAUACGGGUUUCGGGUGUUUGAUUUUUUAAAGGUGUUUAGGGGUGUUAGGGGUUCGGGUUAAAUCGGGUGCAAGGCCCUGUCUAUUACACACGUGUAUUUCAUCAGCGCGUGCGUACAACAGUCAUGAGACCAACAUAUAUAUAUAUAUAUUUAUAAAUAUUAAUAUAGUUUUAAGUCUAUACAUUUUUAGUGACUAAACUAAUGACAAACUAUUGUAUAUAUAUAUAUAUAUAUAUAUGUUUAAUGUAAAAUAUAUCAAGUAUAUCAAUAGCAUAUGGGCGAGGUUAACCCAUUAUAAUGAAUUUCGAUUUAAAAUGUCUAACACAUUAAUUACCGAUAUUAGUACUUUCUGUCGGAUGCCUACAAUAAAGAAAUAAUAUUCGUUCUUUACAUACUUAUUCGCUCGAGUCGCCAGGAUGUCGCAGACUAUUAAUAGCCCUGGUAUAGACAUGUCCUAUCCAUUCUUAUAUUAUAUAUAUGUAUAUUAUACCCCCCACCUUACCCGCAACCUCGACCCGUCGCCCGAUUGCGUACGUGUACGGCUAUGCGUUAUCACUUCUCUCGUUAUCAUAUAUUAAAAAAAAAAAAAAAAAAUAUAAUAUUCUGCGUUAGAAUCGAACCGGGAGGGUAUGAACGUAUCAUUACCCCUCCUUCCCACCUAACCCGUUGAACAAUAUAGUCAACACUGCUAUAUUUAAAUAUACGCUAAAUAAUAUACAUAUAGCGUAUCAUUGUCUAAUGUACAUUAAAUAUAGUUUUCCUCGCCAUUUAUAUUGAAAUACCCUUUACGCGUAUAAUAGGUUUAUUAUUCGUAUUUACACACCGCCUGGAUAUUAGUGAUUGAAAGACAUUUCCUACCCGGCGUCUUGACAAUAGGAGACAUUUCUACUAAUUUGUAAACACAGUGUCCCUACGAUUACGUUUAGUACGUCUGCCGUCUUAAACCGUGUUACACUUACUUUUUAUUUAUUUUUUUGUGAAUUUAAAAAUGUUUGACAAAUUAAUGUUAUUUAUAUAUUAUUUCAUAAACCCACUUCGGAGUCGUACUGCAGAUGAUGACAACCGCGUUUUGUCCCGUUACGACAUAAUAAGGAUACACGGAGAAGGUUUUCAGGAUGAUGAGAUAAAUAAUACUACAGAUGACAACAACAUUGAAAAUAAUAUUCGAUUAAAUUCUUUUUCAUUACGCGAGCUUUAUGCAGAAUAUUUGGUGGUCCGGGACCGUAACAUAGGAUUGAGUGAAUGGGCAUCACGUGCGGGAUUAAUAUCAAGAGAACUUAAUUUAGAGUUUAGUGUAUUGGGAUUGGUGAUGGUUGAUGAUUUUAUGAAUAAUUCAAUUCCCAUGGAUGAAUUCAUGAUACAGAUAUCAGUUCAGGACUUAUUUUUUAUGAUUGGGAGAAUCACUCAACUCCAUACACAGCACUAUUUAUUUAUGCAAUUACUAUACAGAGGUCGUAGAAUAACGGAAAUGGAGAGAAUAUGUGAAAUCAACUCAGAUGAUGCUAGAAAUAGUCGAAUUGAUUGGAAGAUGGUGACAGUUAUGAUUUUAUCAUUUUAUGGCUUGACGGGUGAUACAUUCAGUUUUAUAUUAGAGAUGUUAGAAAAUAAAAUUAUUGUUAGAUAAUCACUUUUUUUAUAAUCAAAGUUAUUUCUAAAAUUAUUUAUUAAUAACAUUUUUUUUAUCUCUCUAUGUAUGUUUUGGUGUUUAUUAAUAUAUACAUAUUAAUAUAUGUUUUGUAUUACAAGUUAUUCUAAAAUUAUUUUUAUCUCUAUGUAUG